ACAAGGUACCCACCAAACUAGCCCUGGAUGUUACCAGGAUUACUGCAUCAUAUUUUUUUUCUUAGUACUUUUCUCUCAACCCUUUUUUAUUUAUGUCGCUCAUGCCAUCAUAUAAACUUCCUACCCCUCCAAAUCAAACCCUCUCUUCUUCCUCUCAACAACUCAAUAUUUAAUCUGACCUCUUUCCUCAAAACUAUUUAUUUACUCGAUUGAUCUUUCUUGAUCAAUUUUGGAGUAAUACAAUCCUCAGAUUUAAUUAAAUUACCUACAAACCUAGAUCAAAAUGGUUGUCAAGGUUGGCAUCAACGGAUUCGGCCGUAUCGGCCGUAUUGUUUUCCGCAAUGCAGUUGAGCUCGAGGACAUCGAGGUCGUUGCCGUUAACGAUCCCUUUAUCGAGACUCACUACGCAGAGUACAUGCUGAAGUACGAUUCCACACACGGUAUCUUCAAGGGAACCGUCUCUUACGAGGCCGAUGCUCUUAUCGUCAACGGCAAGAAGGUCAAGUUCUACCAAGAGCGUGACCCUGCUACCAUCCCCUGGAGUGAGACUGGCGCCGAGUACAUCAUUGAGUCUACCGGUGUUUUCACUACCACUGACAAGGCCAAGGCUCACUUGAAGGGUGGUGCCAAGAAGGUCAUCAUCUCUGCCCCCUCAGGCGAUGCCCCCAUGUACGUUAUGGGUGUCAACGAGAAGACCUACGACGGCAAGGCCGAUGUCAUCUCCAACGCUUCUUGCACUACCAACUGCCUUGCUCCCCUCGCCAAGGUCGUCCACGACAACUUCACCAUCAUUGAGGGUCUGAUGACUACUGUCCACUCCUACACUGCUACACAAAAGACUGUCGACGGUCCCUCCAACAAGGACUGGCGAGGUGGUCGUACUGCUGCCCAAAACAUCAUUCCCAGCAGCACCGGUGCCGCCAAGGCUGUCGGCAAGGUCAUCCCUGAACUCAACGGCAAGCUUACUGGCAUGUCUAUCCGUGUGCCCACUGCCAACGUCUCCGUUGUCGACUUGACUGUCCGCAUCGAGAAGAGUGCCUCGUACGACACCAUCAAGGCCGCUAUCAAGGCCGCCUCCGAGGGUCCUCUAAAGGGAAUCCUCGGAUACACUGAGGACGCUGUUGUCUCCACUGACAUGAUUGGCAACAACAACUCCUCCAUCUUCGAUGUCAAGGCGGGUAUCUCCUUGAACGACAACUUCGUCAAGCUUGUCAGCUGGUACGACAACGAGUGGGGUUACAGCCGACGUGUCCUUGACCUUGUGUCCUACAUCGCCAAGGUUGAUGCUGGCAAAUAAAUUAAUGACUUCAAGGAUUUGACGACGGUGGGAACCCAAAUGUGCGGGCGGCUUUCAUUGAAAACAAUGGUUAGGUACUAAAGAAUACGGCCGAGCUCUUUAUGGAGCUCCAUGACACUGGCACGACUUGGGGAUAAGGAUAAUGUAAAUACAAAUGCAAAAAAAGAUUUGAUGCUCUCCA